CUGUAUGUUAUUAUGUAGACGGCCAUUUUUGUCCUCGGCUUGCAAUACUGUUGAUCGCACUGUCUGUGGCUGAGACAAAGUGAACUCCUUGCCGAUACCCAUGCUGUUUUACUAAAAGGGGAGCUUCGUUUCUGCGUCAAACUUUUGUGGUGUUCCUCUUGUUGCUUUUCUUGAUAAGGGAGCAUCUUGCUCUGCUCGCAUAUCACCAAAUACUGAUCAACUUUAUGUUCAGCAACUAUCACAGCUUGAGAUCUGCACAUGUCUGAGCAUGGGGUAAAGAUGAUCAAUACCCUAUCUAGGGUUUUGAUCAAGGCGGGUUUUUUUGGUGUAUGGUAACUAACAAGAGCACGAGUGAGUGGAAUGGAAGCGGAUUUACUUCAACGAACCUUCGCAAACAGUUGAUUUCGAACAGUCACAGAUUCAGAUAUAUUCAGAAUCAGGUUGAAUGUGUCUGGAAGCACGGGGCACUCUCAGUUCUGAUGCUGGCCAGCCGGCGACGGAAGUGGGCCCAUUUCCGCGAGACUGCAUAACAAACCUGACGUUGCAGGUCUAAUGCAGCAUGACUGGCAGUGACUUCUCCCACCUGGUGAGAGUGAUCACCGGCAUGCUUCUUACUGUAUGCCCAUCUACUUCUUGUCAAGAGGAAUUGAAUCGAAAAAUGCAUCACAUCCAGACUCAUAUAACAUUCCACAGCCAAUUCACAUGUAGUUUCUGAAACGCCACUUGGAUGGUCAGUGUUGGCUACUUCGAAUUGUCCCAGCCAUGUUCUCCAGUAACACUAGCAAUGUCCAUCCUUAUUCUUUGCACUUUUCCAAACAACCAGUCUCCAGUUGUGGUGACUUGGGGUGAUUGUGCUGGCUAGGCUUCAAGCACCUGUUCAAACAGCCCAAGCAGAAGGAAUCUGUGCUUUACUAUACUGUAACCUACGUAUGUGAUCCAUACUCUUGAGCCAUGUGCUAAAAGGAUGUUUGUCGGAAGAUUACACGGGCUAAACCAAGCACGGUAGAUUUUAGGUUCCAUCGGAUGUGCAGAGUUCGGAAUCACCAUAAGUUACUGGCCUCAUCAUGCAAAUACAUUGGAUUAUUCUCUGGACAUAGCUGGCGAAUAUGUAGUGGAGGAAACUGCAACUCAAUACCAGCACUCAGCUCGUCACCACUAGGAUUCUGCCCUUCGUGGGCCGAUCAUGAAUUCUUCAGCCUUCGAACUGUACCCGAAGUCUGAGAAAGUGAAAGAACAGAAUGUAUUUCAGUUACGAGUUCCACUGAAAUGGUCGGAUCCGAUCAAUUGACAAUCAUUUACUUUGUCCUGCGCAGCGCAUAAUUCACAUGAGCGAAACCUAGAGAUGUUACACAGAAGCUGAAGCCUUGCCAAUGGAAACCACGGAUGAAAUCAUCCAUCCGUGAAAAGUCAUGGUUAUUGCAUUUAACAAGCAUGUAUGCCCGGGAAUGGAGCAUGUAAGGUAGCAGGAAGGAAGACCCUAAUUCUACAGCUGUCAGAAUUUUAUAACAACGCAAGGGUCCACAGCCUGCUAGGGACAUAGGAACUUUCACUUUGCCGGCCAAGAUGCUACAUCCGAUUGUUGUACAUGCGAUGGACAGGUGGAUGAUUCACAAAAGUUGGUUGAUUCGACUUUCUUCCAGUUGGAGAGAGAGUGGAGUUAAGUUGGAAAUGGAACAUGCUGCUCUCUGAUGAGAAGCGUGCUUAUUAGCAGUAGCUCGUCUCAAGCUCUAUUCUGUAGAUCUCUAGAGAUCGCCCUUUCACCUCAUUCGGUAGCGUUUAAUCUCCCGAAAAAUACGUUGAGUUCAAGGGAAUCAGGAAUCAUAAACAAUGUCUGGAUGGGGUCAGGAUAUUCUAGGUGCACCUGCGGCAAGUAUUCCAAGCGCAACUACAGCUCCAAUGACAACCCUUCCUGCAAGCAGCUGAAACAUGGCAAUCACGUCUACAGAUCGGUAGGAUGUCUAAGAUUUUACUCAUAUUAUUGAGGGAGUCCUGAGGUCGAGUUUAUGAGUGAGUCCGAGUUAAGGUGCAUCAAGAUUCUUAUGUGUGCUCCAGGAUUCUUGCGGUAGAAUCUACAUAUGCAGCAGCUUCAGGCCGUCAAGGUCAUUGAGGAUCCAAACCCUUCGUGGUUCUCUGGGGUCCUCGAUCACAAACUCUUUGCCAUUGCAGGUAUCGAGUAAGGAUGACCUUGCGUGCAUACGUUGAAAAGGUGAAAGCAAUUCGCGUUGCGAUCACUCGAUUCUAGCACGAUCUUUAUCCCUGAAAGUUCUAAAUACGGAGCUCCAGAGGUGCGAUGCUCACGUUUGAGAAGCUGGAGUUUUCAAGAAAAACAUGUUCAAUAGCAACUGUUGUGCUUAUGCUCACGAUCAUCCUUUACCGUGUGCUUACCAUCGUUAGAACCUAUAUCUGGAAGCCUCUUUGGUAUCGAAGAGCUAUGGAAGCACAGGGGAUUUCUGGACCCACGCCACAUGUCCUGACAGGAAAUCUGGCGGAAGUACAGGCCUUGAAAGCAGACGCGUGGAUAACCCCAAUGAAUGUCGUCCGGCAUGACUACGUUGAUCGGCUCUUUCCUCAUUAUCGAUUAUGGACACAAAAAUUCGGUCCCAGAUUUCUCUUUUGGUUGGGACUCGAGCCAGUAAUAUUCGAGACGGAUCCAGAUCUUAUCAAGGAAGUCUUCUCUUCUGAUCACAAAGGCGCAUUUGCAAAGUUUGGUCCUCAAACAGCACUAUCCAAGAAAGUGACAGGAGAUGCCCUGUUUGCUUUAAAUGGAACAAAAUGGCUUCAUCGCCGACGUGCAGUUCGACCUGUAUUUCAAGGAGAGCAGCUCCAGGGACUGGUGGAACCCAUCAUGAUGAGUACCAAAACCAUCCUUCUAGAUAAAUGGGAUAGGCUUUUGGCAGGGAGUAGAGAAUGCUGCAUUGAAGAUAUUGUGCCACAUAUCGCUGCACUCACUGGCGAUGUUGUAGCUCGGACGCUUUUCCGAAGUAGUUACGAAGAUUCAAAUCACGCUUUCGAACAACACAAGGAACUGGUUAAACUAGAAUUCUACCGGCAGCCCCUGCCUUGCUCUUGGACGCCCGGCUCCAUUACCAGCUACAUAUCUGUCUCGUUUCAAAGGUUUCGUCGUCGAAGGGAGUUGCAUGCGUCGAUACAGACGACCAUAAAAAGAAUGGUGGACAAGGCUAUUGCAGAAGAAUCUCAAAGAUCAGAUUAUGUCCACAAGGAUUUCCUGAGCUUGCUCUUAGCCGUCAAUCAUCUUCCAGGAACGAUUGAUGGAGGUUUUCAGAUGAGUAAGACGGAUUUGACCCACGAAGCAAGGAGCUUCUAUACAGCAGGCUAUCAAGCUCCAGCAACAACUUUAAACUGGAUCAUGAUGUUACUGGCAAAUAAUCCCAUAUGGCAAGAACGGAUUUACGAGGAAUUGAGAGAGGUUUGUGGUGUCGAUGGAAUCUUGACGAUGCAGAUGGUCAAUAAGCUCAACAAUCUAAGUAUGGUGGUAUUCGAAGCCCUGCGCCUAUACACCCCGGCUCCGGAAACAGCCAGGACUGCAGUCCGAGACGUGCAAUUAGGCAAACUUCGAAUCAUGAAGGGAACAUCAAUCAGCAUCUGUAUACCAAAGUUACACCGACUUCCGGAGUUUUGGGGUGAUGAUGCCAACGAAUUCAGGCCAGAACGCUUCAAAGAUGGAGUGUCAGCUGCCCGUAAGCAUCCAGUGGCAUACAUGCCUUUCUCCUAUGGUCCUCGUUACUGCGUGGCCAGAACCUUUGCGUUGCUGGAAGUCAAAUGUAUAAUCGCCAUGAUUAUCCAGCGCUUCAGCUUCCAGCUGUCUCCAAACUACCUGCAUGCUCCCAUCAUAGUUGGAGUCAGUAUCCAACCGAAGCAUGGAUUGCCGAUCGUAUUAGCGAGGAGGCAAGAUGGAAAGCCGGUGUUGAGCUCCGUACAGUAAGAGCCGCUAUCCACAGUGUUCAUGGGUAUAUCAAGGUCUCCAAUAUUAGGCAGUCUUAAAAUUGUAGACAGACAAGAGUCAGGAAGGGCUGACAUGCAAUGGUUCUGGAUGAUCCAAGUUCCACGGGCUAUCCAUCGAGGACUCAUUCAAAUUUACCAGGCUCGUCAACAGUCUGAUUUCAAUCAGCUUGUAAAAGGUCAGGCACCACACAGCUCGAUAGCAGAUUGAUUCACUUCCAGAGCAAAAGAGCUGUUCGAUCAAGGAAAUAGCUAGAAACACCCGGGCGCCAAAGGACGUAGAUUUCCGAUCAAGCAUCCCUUCCAGACCAGAGCAUUCACAAGCAAUGUUCGGAGUAUCCUAGAGAGUCAGGACUUCCUCUACAAUCCGUGUUUUGAAGACUGUACAGCCAUUUUGGAGCGGUUAGACCUCGAUAGUCCCUCGAGUUCACAGACCCCGCUGGUUCAGAAGACUUUUCGAAGACCAAUUUUCAUUCUAAGUCUUACUUCUUGUCAGAUAAGCCCUGGUCCACCAGCAGUUGAGAGUAUAUCCUUAUGUCUCGUAAGAUCUGGACAUCUACACAGUUGUCCCGACUAGACAUGUAUCGUGAAGAAUGAGGCGUGCUGGGAGCUGCAAAUGGGAUCCUGCACAAAAACUAAGUGUAAUGACUGUUCUUUUAAUACCAAUACUUGACGUGCUUUGUGGGUUGUUU